GUUGCCAUGAACACACCCAGCUCUGUAGAGGGAGGCCUGGAGCAGACAGCUGUCUUGACUGGCAGGCAGGGCGCAGCAGUGAGAGGUAAGAAGGGUGGCUUUUCUGCUUUGACAUGUCUGGCUACAAAGAGGGAGUUCAAGUACAGAGCAGGAUCAGCAGGAACAAUCUUGAAUGGCAAAAAUGCCCAAGGGGUUGGUUGCCCUGGGGCAGCACCUCACUGCCCGGCAGCCCCUGGACCCGCCGCGGGGGCGGCGCUGUUCAGCUGUCCCGAGAAUGACACCACGGGCUCCGUGGCCUCCACGGCAUUCCAGCGCUGCCUCGGGAAGGCAGGGCUGCUCAUCCCGCUGGUCCGACCGCAUUCCUGCAGCUCUGAAGAGGAAGGCAGACCCGGCUUCCCCGGCGCCUCCAUUACCUGUCCUGGGAGAGACAUGAGCACGGCCGGGAGCCGGGUCGUGGGGGCCGCGCGGCGGGGCGGGGGGCUGGGCGCGCGCGGCCUUCGGUGGGGGCUGCUGGGAGCCUCGUGCUGCCUGGCGCUGGCAGCCGCGGCGUGGGCUCGGGCCCUGCAGGGGGCGCCGCUGAGCUCGCGUGUGCUCCUGCUCCCUGGGGACAGGCCUGAGGCACCGCUGCCAGGCCUGUGGGCGGCGCUGCUGAGCCCCUGUCUCCUGGCGCUGCUGUGGAAACUGCGCCAGGCCAGACUGCUGAGGAAGGUGGGUCUGGAGUGGUGUGGGGAUCGUGGAGGACAGGACGGGUCCCCCACGUUUAUCCUGUUGUGGUCAUUCGGUCCGCGUCCCUUGCUGUCCAGAGGACCUCGUCCAGCCUGGCUUCACUGGGUGCUCAGAGUCCACUGUCCACCUCUGGGGGAGUGUCCGCGCCGGCCUGGUGCUGCGCCUCAUGGUUUCCUGUCCUCUGUGCCACUUCCUGUGUCCAGCAGCUCGUCCGGCGCGCGGGACGGCUGUGCGGCGCUGACCGCUGCCCAGGCGCUGACCGACGCCCUGCAGCUCUGCCUGGGCUCGGAGCCCCUGGAGGAGACCAGCCUGCCCCACGUGCAGGGCCUCACUCACAGGCUGGAGGCAGUGCGCAGGUCACUCCUCAGCGCUGGCGGGGUCCUGAGCUCUGUGGCCUCCUGUCCGCCGGCGGCUGGUCUCUCCGACCCUCAGAAGCUGACCGACAGGCUCCAGCGCCUCUCCUUGUACCUGAAGAGAAGGCUGGAGCUGUUGAGGAAGCUGCUCCAGGCCCAGUCGAAGUUCUCGGACUCUGUGCAGGACGUCCUGCAGUGGGAGCGGAGGGGCUGUGCCCAGCUGGACCGGCUGCACUGCCGGACUGCAGAGAGCCGAGGGAGGGAGGCCAUGGUGUCCAUUCUGAAGCAGCUGGAGAGUUUCUCCUCAGAGCUGGGGCAGUACAGGAACAAGCUGGAGCUCUGCCACACCCUGCACUCCACAGCCACGAGGCUGCUGCAGAAGCUGGACUCCUCCUCGGCGAAGUUCAGGGCCUCGGUGGGCCUGCAGAGCCAGGGCCUGGAGUGUGGGGCUGUCUGGACAGAGCGCCUGCGCGGGGCCAACACCAAGCAGUUUGAGGAGGCCUCGGCUGACUUCCUGUCCCUGGUGCGGCUGGCCUCCCACUUCCACACGCACCUGGAGUUCCUGUGCAAGUGGGGCUGCGGGGUGGCGGUCUCCGUCAGGGCUGAGCCGCCCCCUCCCCGGCCCCAGCCCCCUCUGUCCCAGCGAGAGAGGGCCUCCCAGUUCUUCCAGUCCACGCUGUGCGGAAAGAGACGCUCCGUCUCCUCAUCCUGAGCUGGAUAUCACGAACGAGCCACUGGAUUGCAGAACAAAAGCUUGUGAAAGUGUGCUGUGUGUACUAACCCUGAGCUGUGUGUACUAACCCUGAGCUGAGUGUACUAACCCUGAGCUGUGUGUACUGGCCCUGUGCUGUGUGUACUAACCCUGAGCUGAGUGUACUAACCCUGUGCUGUGUGUACUGGCCCUGCGUUGUGUGUACUAACCCUCUGCUGUGUCUACUGGCAGAGCACUGUCUGUACUAACCCUGAGCUGUGUGUACUGGCCCUGUGCUGUGUGUACUAGCCCUGAGCUGUGUGUACUAACCCUGAGCUGUGUGUACUGGCCCUGAGCUGUGUGUACUAACCCUGAGCUGUGUGUACUAACCCUGAGCUGUGUGUACUAACCCUGAGCUGAGUGUACUGGACCUGCACUGUGUAUACUAACCCUGUGCUGUGUGUACUGGCCCUGCGCUGUGUGUACUAACCCUCUGCUGUGUCUGCUGGCAGAGUGCUGUCUGUACUAACCCUGAGCAUAGUGUACUGUCCCUGCGCUGUGUGUACUGGCCCUGCACUGUGUAUACUAACCCUGUGCUGUGUGUACUGGCCCUGCGCUGUGUGUACUGGCCCUGAGCAGAGUACACUGGCCCUGCGCUGUGUGUACUAACUCUGCGCUAAAUGUACUCAUAAUGUGCUGUGAGUGGAGCUGGGGGUGUAUCACAGUUGCGCUGGUUUCUCGGUAUGUCAGUUCAUGUGUCAGUAUUAGCUACAACAUGUCAGUGUGUCCUGCAUGCCAAUAAAAUUUGACUGUGAAAUGAA